UAGUGUGUAUACACGUCACAUUUGUAAAUAUUACUCAUGAGACUUAUUGCUGUCAGACGGCUCGAUAAAAUUGAUAAUAAUCUAUUUCAUCUCAUCGUGUAUCGUGUUGAACUAUAGCCAGAUGGAGAAGGAAUUAAAGUAAUUAUAUUUAAGUGACAUUCAAACAAUGGAUGUAUGUCAGAAUUGAUGCGCUGUGAAAAUUGUCUAUUCAACAGAAUGCCACAGCUCAAUUAUUUCCAUGUACAAGCAAGUUGAAAGUGACCAAAAUGUUUAAAAUUGAGUCUUACAUCACACCUGUAAUUCUCAGUUAUGUAGAAAAGUAUGUGAAGAAUUUUAAACCCGAGCAAUCUCAGGUUUCUCUAUGGGGCGGAGAUGCAUCUUUUCAAAACCUUGAUUUGCGUCUUGAAGUACUGGAGGAGCAGCUCAACCUUCCGUUUACUUUUGUUAGCGGACAUAUUCACGAACUAAUUAUCCAUGUGCCUUGGGUGAAAAUCACAUCAGAACCUAUAGUCGUUACAAUCAACACAAUAGAAUGUAUACUAAAUCUGAAGGACCGAGGACAGGUGGAAAGGAGUACAAGUAUGCACCAGGGGGCUGGGUUAAAAGCAAUACAAGAAGAAUCACCGCCAGGUUACAUAAAAAGCAUCGUUACAAAAGUCAUAAACAAUAUAACAAUAAAUUGCAACAACUUGAUUUUGAAAUAUGUUGAGGAGGACAUAGUACUCAGUGUGAAUGUUCGAUUUCUGAGUAUGCAAACGGUCAACGAAUCGUGGGAGCCAACUUUCAUGGAUGUUUCGAGUUCCGAUGCUGCUCUUCGAAAGAUUGUUAUUGUUGAGGAUUUAACUCUAUGUUUAGAUAAAAUGGACACGGCUGGAAAGAUCGAGAUAUAUCAGGAUCCGGUUUUAUAUCGUUGUUCCAUGGUUAUUCGUCUCAUGAUGAAUUAUAACAGUACUCUUGCGAAAUGCGCUUCCCUAACGAGAUUUGAUCUCCACUGUGAAAAAAUGGAAUUCAGCAUGACCGAGCAACAAUUGCCUAUGCUUUUGCGAUUAAUAACAUUAAUUAACAGUUUACAAACAAAACCACCAGGGGCUCGUAGUGAUAAACCGGCACAUUCAUCAGAAGAGAGAGGAGACGUUUUGCAAGAAGACGAAGAUCAAGUGCAUGGGAGUUCAAACGAUGCACCAAGUUGGAGCGGUUGGGCUUGGAACACGGUGACUUCGUUUUUGCCUGUUAACUGGGAUCCGGAUUGGUCCGGUGAACAACAAGUUGCAGCGACGGGUCACACGAUCCACAUGGGUGUAUAUGUAGACGAAGCAGCAUUGACUUUCAAAACUGUGGAAACUCUUCAAGAGCAAUUAUUUUAUAAAGCUCGGAAAAUAAGAUACAAUUCGUUCCUCGCUCUACGAGUUACGAGCGCUGUUAUGUCGAUGCUCAUUAAAGGAGUAUCUAUGAGUAACUUACAGUUUGGAUUGGGAAGCAUUCGUUUGCAGCCGCAAGGUAUUUGCAGCUGUGGCUAUCAAGAAGUUGUAGAUGAGAUGCAGCCACCAAUCUACAUAGAAGCUGGUACUACUCGAAAUGAUUAUUUAAAAGAUUCAUUGUUUGAUGAAAACGUAGGUGAAAAUACACAUUGGAAGAAUCAUUAUAGCGACUAUGACAUUGAUUAUCAUCUGAGGACAGUCCAAGUGACAACGAUGUUGGACAGAAGUCCAGCUUUUGGAAUGGACAUUGUACGUACGAUCGAUAUACCUGACGAUUUUCCCGAAGAGAGACUACCUGAAUUUGAAUCGAACUUCGAAUACAGUAACUUCCCAGAACGCAAAAUAACGAGAUACGUUCUGGGAGAUCUCAAAAUUCAGAUUUGCACAGGAUUAAUGCAUCGCAUAAAUGCUGUGAAAUCUGCAGCGAAGUACGAUCACAGUUUAUACAUAACGAAAAAAGCCGAACCAAGCUUUGACGAAUUGCCACCGGUGACUGUCGAAGAAUAUGAAGCCUUACGGGAAAAUGUGUCGAUGACUGAAACUUAUUUCAACUUUUAUCGGUUGGGUGUACAACUGCAAUUGACUGAUCACAGUUUAAUGAAAAAUUCCAAUCCAAAAAUUGUCCCUGAAAGCAGAUUUUCCUCUCCUAAUUCUGCGCGAUCUGAAAAUGCUCACCUGAGCGUAGAAUUCAGCGAAAUAACGGGAAGCAUAGUCGAACCGAUGUAUCCAUUUAGACUGGCGUCCUGCGCUUCACAGCAACCCGAAAUUGAUCCCGACAUGCUAAACGACUGUUACAGUAUUUUAGAUUUUAAAAUUAGCGGAUUGCAAAGUCAACUUUAUCUGAACAGAAAUUGUCGUACCACAAUUGUGAUGCCGUGUAAUGCAAAGUGUGCCAAAAAAACCUUAGUAUUUUCGCAAUAUUUUCGUCAGAGUAACGUCGAUCACGAUUCCAUAAACUGUGAAAUCGAUGACAUCACAUUUACCGGAACAAAAGCAAAAUUUCUAGUAGCAGCGUCAAUUGCAACGUCGAUUGUAAGCCCGACAGAAAAUUCUAAUCCACUUUUUUCCUCAUCUCUCUUAGUGGAUGCUUGCAGUGAAAAGGAUCCAGUUUAUCUGGAGUUAUCGUUGGAAAACGUAACGGGAAAACGAACAAAAUCUUCGAAGACCAUUUUCAUUGAGCUCGAAGUAAAUUCCGUCAAAGCUUUCGCCAUUAACGAUACUCAGCAAGCCUUUAUUCUUUCGGGACCGGAAAUUGAUGCAAAUCGAGAAAAAAAAGAUGGUGCUUUAUUCACUGGAAUUCUUCGGUACUCGGAAUCGCUCGGUGAAGACGUGAAGGAUCCACCGAUAUUGUCGUUCAAAAUGGCAGAAAUGCGUGGCUCGUUCGAUCCUUUAUUGUGCAAGUGGUUGAAAUAUCAGGCAGUUUACGAGAAACCAAAAGAAGCUUAUGUUGCGAGACCGGGAGUGGAAACACCUGCGGCGGAUGAAACGUUUUCCGACACGGAUGUACGAAAAAAAAUAUUUCGUACGUUGCACGAAAGUGUUCACAGUUUGUCUGAUAAAGAGAAAAAACGAUCGAGCUCCCGAACCGAUUGGUCCAAAGGGAUUACAGCUAAUGACGAGUCAGUCAAGAAAAAUACUCUCAAUGAUGAUAACGAAAUCGAGGAACUGCAAAAAAAUGGCUUUGCUUUAAAAAUUGCUCAACUUUAUCCUUUUUGGCGUAAGCUCGUGCUGUGUGGAUCAGUUGGUCAUUUUGUUUUAUAUAUACCGCUGGUAACGAUGGACGGAAUUGGAGUUGCUGGUAUCGAAUCUGCGAAGGAUCGAGCACUAACGGUGGAUCCCAAUCUAAAUAUUUUUACGAUAAAAUCUCCGACCUUGAUUGUUCAUUCGGCUAACGUGCAAUUGGACAAAUUUUUACCUAAUUUAAAGCAACUUUCGUAUCUUCUACCCAUGACAAUACGGUUACCAGAUUACCACAGUUUUCCUUGGACAUUGAAAUUCAGUAAUUUCAACUGUUACACACUGAAAAAAAGCUGGCAAACGAAUCUUAUUCGAAGUGUUGAUUUGACCGCUACGAUCGACGUUACUACGAAAGCAGCCGUUACUGAAUUUGUUGAAGGGGGACAUGUUGGCUUGGGACUUUGUGUUUAUGUCGACACUUCGCCUAUUAUUAUUUCUCUUUCGGAAGAACAGAUUACUGCAUUAAACAGCGUUGCUUCGGAUUUAUUAAGUUUGAUGGCUCUUCUUCAAAAUUGCGACGAGAAAAUGGAAGAAACUUCGGUCGUUGAGACAGAGGCUACGUACAUCGAUGUGCCGAAAACUCCAUCGAGUUACAAUCCCGUCGUGUACCCGGAGAAUACAACCUCACCGUCCAGCAUUUCAACGGCCCGAAAUAGCUCGGAUCAAACGGAAACCGAGAGCCCUAUCAUUACUGCGAUGGUACAAUGGACCGUUACGAAAAUGUCAUUGAAAGUUUACACUCUUGAUCGAGAGAACGACAAGUCUAUGAAAUUGUUGCUCGAAUUGGAAGACAUUAUAACGACCUUUGACUGGCAGCCAAUUUAUUUGCAAGUAAAGAAUAAAAUUACGACUGCCACCGUUUGUCAUUUCACAAGAAACAGGAAAUCGGUAAAUGAUAAAUGGGCAUUAGGCGAUUACGCCGGUUUGAUUAUGCUCGGAUGUGAAAGUACCGCGGAGAAGAGCGAAGACACAGGAUUUUUGAGUGUCACUUACACGAAGGCACAAUCCGGUAACGUGCACACGAGAUGGGGCGCUCAGAAACAUCAAAAAUUGCAGAAAAUUCGUAUGAAGCGAGAUUGUCCACUUUCGGUAGAGGGUUACAUAACCGAAAUAGAUAUGAGUCUCCAGAGGGUAGACAUUAUCCUUCCACCGAGUAUUGUCAAUAAAUUCAUAGUUAUUUUGAAGCCGUUCGUUGGAGCAACUUCAGAAAGUAAAAAAACGAACGAAUUCGAAACUAGCAGACCAUUGCUUAGGUGUGACAAUUUUGACAAUAAAUCGUUGCCCUUGAUUUACUUGGAGUUCAAAGGAAUGAAUCUGAUGAUACCAACAUUGCCAGAAGUCAAUCAAAAACUAGAUCACAAUUUGUUAAUGAUUCAGCUGGAUGGAAUCAGUAUAACACCGAGUACCGAAAAUCCCAUUUGCAGGACGAUUCUUCGCUCCGACAUUUAUCAACUCGCUGCACAGUCCAAUAUUCUUAACAUUCCCGGCUCGACUGUUGAAGAUAGACAGUAUGAGAUAAACAUCAGAGGAAUUUGUGCGUGCACUACGACUUGGCUGAACUAUCAACAAAAUGUUCCGAAGCGGAUUUCUCAAUCUUACCUGUAUACCAUGAACGAAAAUCCCGCAUUGGAAUGGAAUAAUUUAGCGAGUAACAGCAAUCUUGAGCCUCAACUUUCAACUUCCCUUCUUACUUCAAGGAUUGACAUCCGUGUGAUAAUUGCUCCGGCCAUCGUUUUACAACCUUCUAAAAUAAUUUGCGGAGGAGCUUUCGAAUUGACUUGUUUGACGGAUAUAGACGUGGCCAUGAACUCCGAUCAGAUGAAAUUGUUGUGGCGCAUUUACACCGAGAUCAACAACUUGUUUUCCAACUUUUCUGGUAGUUCGGAAAACUUCUCCAUAUCUGACAAUCGACCGUCUCUUAUCAUUACCGAUCCGCAAGAAGUUUCCGCCCCUGUUUCGAGGGAACGCAAACCUGACUUUACUGGCGACAGUGGAAUUGAUUUUGGAUCGUCCAGUGUCAAUUUUGUACCUGCAAGAAAAAUAUCAACGCGAGGAACUUCGAUGCCUCUGCCAUUGGAAAUUUUAGUCAAUUUUGGUUUGGUUAAUAUUUCGUUAAAUAUGAUUAGCCCAUUGGUGCAAAAUGAAAAGAAUACCAACGAAUCAGCAAACGAAGAAGAAGCAACAUACGAAUUCCCCAUUUUCCAUAUCAUGCUGACGGAGCCAAAUUUCUACAUCUCUCAAUUGAAUGAAAAGGAAAAAAUACAAAUAUCAUGUUUCGAUAUAAGCGUUUCGCUUAAAAACGGAAGUAGCCAGAAAUUGCUCCUGGUCGAGACGACGAGCGGAAGCCCCCAUCCAAACACCGGAAUUCCACCUUCGUUCGUAAUAUUCAAAUGCGAAAAACAUCAGAACUCGAAUAAUGAAUUUUUCGUCGAUGUUGGUCGACCGACCAAUAUUAAUUACUCUAUGACGGCUAUUAAACACUUUCUUCGUAUCAAGCAAGAGAUAGCAGCUUCUUUCAACGUCGAGAAAGUCGAGAAUUUUGAAGAAAAAAUGGAAUCAACAAAAAUCGAAUUGCCCGAGUUGAGUUUUAUGACGAAACAGCUGGUGCUGCGUUUAUUCACCAAGUCGGAUCCAAUCGUAUCUCUGAGCGUUGCAAAGUUGUUCGGGAAUAUAUCGAGGACCCCGAAAACGGAGAAUAUUCAUGGGAAUUUAAGCCUCGAGUCUUUGGUUAUUUCUUCUAUGAAUUCAGCGCUAAAAUCCAAAAUAACAGUUUUUCUCAAUCCCUCGUCUUUCCAAAUCACGGCCAAUGUUUUUUGGGAAACUUGGCAAGAUCCUGAGGAAGAGCCACAGAUUAAAGUCCAGGCACACAGCGAUAACAUUUAUUUUAAUGUCGAACCCCAACAGUUGAAAAUUCUAGAGUCUGUCAUUCAAGAAUAUCACGCGUGCAUGGAAUAUUUAAAUAUUCAUUCGAGCAAACAAGAUAAUAAAAAUUAUGAAAAUUCACCAUCUGCCGAGCAAUACUACAAAGACGAUCUCAAAGCUGGUGCUUUUCAAUUUGUUAACGGAAACGUCGAAGAAAUGCCGUUGCCUUAUCAGGUCGUUUUUUUCACACAUCCGAAAAAAGGAAUGGCAUGGAGAUAUCCUCAACCUCGGAUCAUUACCGGUCUUUUUGUGUCGCCCAUACCUUUUGAGGUGUCAGAGGAGGUUGACCUCGAAGAGGAACCGAUAAGAUGUACGUUAGAAUACUGGAGCGAGAGUCAUCGGAGUUACCGUCGUUACGUGGAUUUUCAUUUAUCGGAGACGGAAAAUGGUCAGCCGGAAUUGCCGAAAGCUUGUACGCAUCAGGCCGUGGGAUCCAUUUGGCGAGUAACGAUAUCGACGAGAGAAGAAAUUAAUGGAGAAGAAGAUCGGGGAUUAGCUCCUCAACUUUUGGUUGGUUGUUUACGAGUCGAUUCGUAUUUCAACGCGUUGUCGAUCCCAAAUUUGCAAAUCGCAUUGAAUUUGGGAAAUUGCGAGAUAUUCGUAUCGAACGAGGUAAUGUCAUCGUCGUACGAAAAAUUGCCAGCACCCUUGUCGAGUUUUCGGCUGAACGGUCACAUGCCAGAAACGCAAUGUUUUUUGGAGCUAUCGCAUGAGAGAACUUCGAUCGUGUUAAACGGGUGGACGAACGGAGCGAUGUUGAUCGACGUCAGCGGAGAUUUGAGUCUCAGUGUACUGGAUUAUGGGUUAUUGCAUCGACAACCGGUAAUCGAAAGACUCGAAUCAAACAUCCAAAUUUGCGUGGCGGAUGAGACUUACGUGUCAAUCGAAUGCAAUCCUUUUUCCAUCAAAUUCGGCCCCUCGAUAGCGCAUACCCUCGCAGUCUCGAGCAAUUUGUGGCUCAACUAUUUCGAGCCUGGAAAUAAAUAUGUUGCCAUUUUGACGAGAAUAGUCGUUGCCAACGAUACCAAUAUUCCUCUGAGAUUUGGACAGACCAAUUCGAACGACGACUUCCUCGUUCAAACUCGCGAAUGUCAUUUUUAUUGCUGGCGUUAUCCUAACAACCGAACUCUUCGGCUCGCGUUUGAUGAACACCCUUUGAAUUGGAGCCAACCUCUUAGUCUCAACAAAGAUGGCAAGCAACUCGUCGCUUUUCCAAAUUUGACCAAUUCGCCAAUAAUUUGCGCGAAAAUUGUCUCCAUUUCUGCGACACAAAAACUCGUCACCUUCUCUGGCUUGCUCGUACUCACGAACCAACUUGUCGAAACUUUCCAAAUGAAGAUCGUCCCUCUUCAAGACAAAUCUGCCAACAAAAUAUACGAAGAAGUUUUCUGGAUCAAUGGCAACGAUCGACCAGCUUCGAUUGCUUUAAACAACACACGGAAUAUUGCUAUACGCCUGCGAUUCGCCUCAUCUACAAAUUUAUCUUGGACCGGCGAUAUUCCACUCAAAAGCAAUUCAAAACUCGGACAACCUUGGCUCGUUAAAGUUCCUCUACAAGAACGUGGUCAGUUUUUAAGCAUUUGGGUUCGCAUCGUUGAAGAAAUGAUGCACGGAGAGACGCGAAUUCUUGUUGUGAUGAGCCCAUUGUAUAUGAUAAAGUCAUAUUUACCGGUGCCUGUCGUUAUCAAAAUUGAGACACCGUCACUAGGAAUGUCGUCGAACGCGACGAUAAAGGGACAAGGGAAGAUUCAGCAGCUCUACUGCCCAGGAACCUUUGAGCAUUGCCAUCAAUUAACUUUUCAAUUCGAGUCGAGUAUGCCUGCGUCGAACCCGUACGUUCCGUUAUCAUAUAGCUCGGUCGAAGAAAGAACAUUUUUCGCUAGACCCCGGAACGAAGACAUUGAUGCGAUUUUGGAAGAUCUCGAGAAACCAGAAAAAAAUUCAUUCUUACCAUUUCGAGCAAAUCAUCCGAAUAUUCAUAUUUCACCUGAUCAACCUCAGACUCAUGUGCAGAUUAAAUAUCGAGACGCUGGCUUAGUAUCGAGUACGUUGUUAUUAGAAUUACAGCCAUGGUGUUUCAUUUUCAACGUAUUGGGUUGUCAUAUUGCAAUUGUUGCCGAGAAUCUUGAGCUCUGUCAAAUACCCCACAAUGGAAUAAUCACCCCACCAAAAUUGGAAGGAACGUUCCAUCUGAAAAUCACAGUAAAAGAUAAAGAUUAUGUAUCGCCGGCGAUUCAGCUCGCUCGACCCGACUGGAAUCCUGGAUUUUACAUGCCAAGAAUUCGAGGACUCGUUCCUGUUGAUGGCAACAUUCAAGCUUCGAUCGAAUGCGGUUCAAAUAUUUGCGUAGCGAGUAUUAAUUCAAAAAUGCACGAAGAUAUGAGAAUCGUCCGAAUUAUGGCGAGUCACGUAAUAUGUAAUCUAACUCCUCACCCAUUGCGAGUCGCCUGUUUCGCUGUGAGCGAAAACUGCACUGGACUUGAAUUUCCGGAAGAUCAAUCGAUUGAAAGUUUUGAGAUUUCCCCGUGCAAGAACCGAACUGAAGGCAUUCCCAUUGAUCAGUGGCGUGUCGUGAACGAUAUAAAUACUCUCGAGCAUGAAGCUUUAUACAUUUCAUUGAGUCGCGGUUUCUCGUGGUCGUGUCCUGUGAGGGUCGAUAAAAAACUGACCGCUCGAAGGUGUACAGCUGUAUCGGACGAAACUCGUGGUAUUCCCGUUGUUAUAAUAACUCAAGAAGACGAAGGUACAACCUACCUCUUGAUUCACGUUGACGAUCACCCCCAAUUGUACAUCGAAAAUUUGUGUCCUUUCCCAAUUAUAUUGGGUGAAGCGAACGGAGACGGGGAAGGUAUUUUCCAAGAAUCCCCGCACUUUUCAUGGAGGUUUCAAGUCCAAUCGGAGAAAUCUAAUUAUUAUUGUACUCCCAGCACGGCGAAUAAAAUGCCGGAUUGUCAAACGAACGAUUCAUUGCCUAAAUUACGUUUAUGCGUAAUGCCAUCUUCUCGAUCUGAAGAUCCUGCGGACAACAAAGAUGCCAUGUGGUCCAAGCCCAUAAAUAUGUCGCAAGCAACGAGUUCAAGAACGGAGCAAUACGUCCGACUUCCGGUUUACGGGGACAUUAAAUUGUUGAUGGAAAAACGAUGUAACACCAUUUGCCUUCGGAUCGUUUGCAUGUCACAGGUGGAAAUUUCUGCCCAUGAUAUCAGAACUCGCUUGAUUUUGGAAGAAGGUAAAUCGUCCGACGUUGAGGCUCUCAAGUCUCCUUGGUUGGAUAAUCGAGAUAGAGGCAGAUUGUCCGAAUUUGGAAGCUCGAGUACAGUGGCUGGUUUUUCGGAUCCCGGAAGCGAAAGCGACGAGGGAGAGCAAAAAUACGAGGAACCUAACGAUUCGUGUUUGGAUUGGAAAAUUGAAGAAGCGUCGGGGACUGUCAAUGUAUUGAGGGGAUCGUUGAGCAUUUACGUUCGUGGAAUAAACGUAAUAAUAAUGCAGGACAUAAACGAAAAUGCCGAGCGUGUCCAAGUCGCGAGUUUGUGUCUGAGCGAUUUGAUUAUUCUGAGCACAUCGAACGAAACAUCGUUGACUCUGUGCGCCUGCGUGGGAGAUUUGCAACUUGACAACCAAAUGUUCGAUCAGGGCGGUUUCGACUUCCCGGUCGUGUUUAUGAGCCAGAAUCCCUAUACGAGAAGAGGCUCCUGCUCAACCGCCAACAAUCGAUCGAAACAUUCCAUCAACGAGAUCGAGGAUCAAUCGCUUAUCGUUAUUGACUGUGCUUGGGAAGUCAAUGCUCCUAUUUAUGCUUGUAAGAACGUCAACAUCAAAAUUGGCCCGGUGAGUGCUUACAUUGAGGACACCUUUGUGACGCAAUUGUUGGAGUACACGACGUCAACUUCACCACCGUGUUUCAACGCCCAACUUGAUAGUUCCCAAGAGACUAAAGUCGAAUUCUUCCGGAACGUUGUCACGGUACCGGAGCACGUGUUUCUCGAAGCUCUCAAUUUGAGAACACCCUUGAGACUGCAAAAAUUAACGAUCGAGCCAAUCUCAGUUUUGUUGAGCGUCCAUACGUCGAUUCGUCUCUACGUCGCUCUCGAUCAUUCGCCACUUUAUUUCGGGGCUUUUGAAAGAGAGCAUCUCAUCACGACUCCCGGUGGACUAGCCAGCGCCUUGACCAUGCACUAUAUUUCGGGUGCUUUAUUCGGAGCUGGUUGGAUGGUCAGUUCGUUGGAAAUACUGGGCUCGCCAGGAGGCUUCGCGCAAGCUCUUGGCAGCGGUCUCAAGGACUUCGUAACACUCCCCAUCCAAGGAAUAUUACGGGGACCUUGGAGCUUUUUGAUGGGAAUUACGCAAGGUUCCGCGAGCUUAAUGAAACAUUUAACAGCAGGCACCGUCAAUUCCGUCACGAAAUUGGCCUCUAGUGUGGCGAGAAAUUUGGAUCGUUUGACUUUGGACGACGAGCAUCUUCAACGACAGGAGGAGUCACGACGGACUCGGCCACAAGGAAUGGCCCAAGGAUUAUAUCAGGGCCUUACAGGAUUUGGGAUGAGUUUGCUCGGGGCUGUCGCGGGUUUGGCUCAUCACCCAUUGCAACAAGUGCUUUCCGGAGGUGCAACUCCUCGAGGACUCGUGACAGGAGUUGGUCUCGGAAUCGUUGGAGCCGUCACGAAGCCAUUGAGCGGAGCUGCCGAGUUGGUUGCCUUGACGGGACAAGGGCUGCUCGAGGGAACCGGGUGGAACCCUUUGCCCACUCCUCGUCAGCGACCGAUCGUUGAAAGUGUCGACGACUCGAAUAAUUCAUCGCUGAAGUGCAUUUGGCGACUCUGGCCCGGAUUGACGAAGAAAGCUGGUCCUAUUUUGCACGUGACCGAUGCCAAGUUGCCGAUUUGCGAGGGUGUCGAGCGGAGAAUCAUGCUCAUUCUCACGAGGCAAACUCUGGUUGUGGCGAACAUCGACGAGAGUAGCGCCGAGAAAAUUUAUUUACUUAAGGAAGUGACCAACGCCGAGCACAUUUCUGACCCGACUCUGUUGUGUCUCUACUGUCAACAAACUCAAAAUUCAUCGGAAAGGUCCCCAUCGCCGACCGAAGAUCCAGAGAUGGACCAAGCGAUGCGAGUGAGAGUGGAGCAAUUCGUGCGUGGAAGCAGUACCGGUCGUACGAAUUUUUCCGGCACGUAUCUACAACCGGAACCGAUACAGGGGCUCCAAUCAAAUCGCAACAAUGUUCUCACGUUUUAUAUUGAACCUACCAAACGAAAUUACUUUUUAUCGUUAUUUGAAGUUGCCAAACGCCAAGACCAAGGAAGUGAUUUUAUUGUUUUAUAAUAAAAAGAAACAAAAAUAAGCGACAAAACCAAAAAACAAAAAAAAAAAAGAAAAACGCGCAACCAAAUGUACAUAAAUAAAUAUUUCUUUAUAAUUGAAAGA